GGCCGCUCUAAGAUGUUAUGCACAACAGAACUGAAAUGUUGAUAAUAAGAAUUUACUAAAUUGAAGACAAAAACGUGAUAUAGAAGACACAGUGAGCCAUGGCGACAAUGAACUACGAAUAACAAAAGCAAGAUACGCCAUGCUUUCAUCGCAGGGGUAUUUUCGUGGCGUUGACUGUCCUUUCUACGCAAACGGGUUUUGUCAAAGACCUUAUUGUCAUUUUCGGCACAUAAAAAAAGGUCCAGAUUCUAAACCAGGAAGUGAUUUGCUUCAAGAUGUAUUUGGUGACUUUACCCCAGCAGACUUAGCAGGCGAAUCUUCCUCAAAAAGUGAUUAUACUCCGACAGCCAAGUCGGUAUCUCCUGAAAAGUUCACUUAUGUACCCACACCUCUGUCUGAAUGCAAUAAAAAGAAGGAGACAAAAGACGUUGAGGAAUAUGAUCCUACAAUAUCUUCUAAUGCAUCAUCCAUUUCCACAAUUGAAAAAAGUUUUCCAGAAUACAACCCAACAGCAAUAAAAAAAACUAAUAAUAAAGUUUCCCCACCUAAAUCCCACAAGUCCGCUAAGUUUGAAUAUCCAUCAAACGCGGAUGAUUUUCCUGAAUACGAUCCCACAAAGAUAAAGGGAUAUUCCCAGUCUUCAUCAACGUUUGUACAAGAGAAGGAGGAAGAGUAUGUACCUGGAGAUUGUAAUGAUCAAAUUAACAUUCCACAAUACAGUCCAACAGUAAUACAAGACAAUAAGCAAAUCUGUGACUCGCCCGAAAGGUACGAGGUCACCAGUAAUUCAAACGAUUUCCCUGAAUAUGUGCCAACUGGGAUUAAGUCAACAAAAAACAAAUCUGAACAUUGUGAAUUUACUCAAGAAUCUGGUGAGUCUGCAGAGUACUCUCCAAGUGAUAAUACUACAAAUACCACACCCGCUUCCAAUACUUUUCCACAAUACACACCUACACCUCUCUCUAAAAAGGAACCCAAGAAGAAAAGUUCGUCAAAUAAGUAUUGUGUCAAUCGAGCUACUCCAGUCAAUGAUCUCGAGUAUGAUCCUUUAGUUAACUAUAGCACAGAUCUGAAACCAAAGAAAUCUGCUUCUGCUGCUAAUAAUUGCUUCAAUGAACUGGAUGUUGAGGCAACAUUCUCUGAUGACGACGACGAGGAGGAGAAGAAGUUAGUUAUUGAUCAAGAUAAACAUAAUUCCAAGGUUGCAGUGUUACAAACUGAUAAACUUUCAGUGAACAAUGUUGGUGCUGUUAUAAAUAAACUCAAGAAUAAAAGAAAGGUGUCCAGUAACAGUGGGAAAAAUGAACUGAAAAGUGGUGAUAAUGAAAGAAAAGGAAAAGUGUCUAGUAAUGGUGGGGAAGGCAAAGAAAAAAGCAUCGUUAAGCAAGACAAAACGAAGACGUCAAGUAACAGUGGGGAAAAGAAAUUAAAAAAUGGGGAUAAAUCAUUGAAUACAAAGACUCUAGGUAAAGGCAAGAUAUCUGGAGGACAUGGAAAGAAGUCUUCCAGUGGAAGUAAAGAUAAGGUGCACAGUUCCCAUCAGAAAAAAGAAAAACCAGAUAAAUUGAAAAACAGCAAUGUCAAACAAGAACACAAGUUAAAAUCGCCUGAGAAGAAAAGCCAAGAGAAAAAAUCACAGGAGAAGAACAAAUCUCCGGAAAAAAAUACAGACGCAAAGAAGGUGGAAGUUUUAAAUGAUACUACCGGAGGUAUAUCUAAAGAUGUUAACGUCACCAAAGGUGCAAAUAAGAGAACAUUAGAAGUAUCAUCAGAUAAGCUAUCUAAUUUCUACAGUAAAAAAAUUAAAAUUGACACUGCUGGCAAAUCAAGUGAUUCUCACAAGAAGCAAAUUCACAAAACUGACAAUAAAUUGAAAAAAUCAACUAUUACACCACUCGGUAAAAAAACAAAACUUUUACAGAAAAACAAAUUUGAAAGUGUCCAUACUAAAGGUGCUAAGACUGGAAUUAAUUCUAAACUUCAUAAAUCCAAACAAUUUGACCCAUUCGAGUUGUCCUCUGACAGCGAUGUCGUCGAGAAGGGUGCAUCAAGUUCACAUGGAACACCAGGAAAAAGAACUGUCAAAGAUUCAAAAACAUUGAAAUCUAAGUCCUCAAAAAAGGAUCCAUUUGAUUUGUCAUCUGAUAGUGAUGUAGUGUCCCAUAAAGAAAGUUCUCGCAAGAAAUCAGGAGACAAAACAAAGAAAGAUCAUAAAACACCUCACUCCAAGUCUCAGAAGAAAUCUCUGUUGGACUUAUCUGAUAGUGACUUUGGCAAGUCUGACAGAAAAAAAGACAAGAAAAACACUAAAAAACCAUCAAGUUUUGAUCUGUUUGGUGAAGAUAGUGAUGACAGUGGUGCUUUGGUUAUAAACGAUGAUCCGAUUAUAGUGUCGUCAGAAAGCGAUGCUGGAUAUUUGGCUGAACUACGUGAUAGCGAUGUAGAAAGUCUUUCCGAUCAUGAUACAUAUGAAGAAUGUUUACAUAUAUUCAAUGAAAUACCAAAUAAAAAAGCGAAAAAAUGUGAGAAGCGAAAGAGUUCAGACACUGAUUUUGACAAACAAGAAGAAAUCAUUGACAGUGAUGUUAUUGGUAACUUACAUAAAAAGCAAAGACUGGCACAUCACGCCAGACAUGAAACAACUAGGUUGAAAAAGGUUGUUGCCAGGCCACAUUUUCAACCAAGUCCAGCGCAAGUAUGUCAUAAUAGGUACCUAGCUUUACAAAAACAGUUGAGUGAGCAGGCAUCAACAAGUAGUAAUACAGCCAGCUCAGCGAGUGCAUCAAGUAGUACAGCUAGCUCAUUAGGUGCACCAGGUAGUACUAAUGGAUAUAAAGACGUUAUAACUGAUAACACAGGCAGUAAGAAACGUAUGGCUCAUAUGCCGAAGCCUUCACCAUCGCCAUCACAGACAUUAACAAAAUCAAAUCCUAAAAAUGAAAAAAGAAAAGCACAUAUACCCAAAGCAAUAACUUGUAAGAAUCCUCGGCCAACAAUUCCUGUGGAGUAUGGCAGCAAAGUUCCUGCAAAUAUCAGACAAAGAUAUCUUAAUGUAUUUAUUGAUGAAUGCCUUAAAUUCUGUAAAACUGAGGAAGAAUCGUAUGCUAGGGCUUUAAAAGAAGAGAAGGCCAUGUAUGAAAGAAGUACAGGUAGAAAUGUCUACUUGAAUUUAUGUAUAAACACUGUGAAGAGAUUACGAAAACUGCAGCCAGCAAAUUUAAACAACAAAAUAUCACCUGAUAAGAAUGGUAAUCAAAAAAAAUAUAUUUCACAUGAAGCAGUGCUUGCUGGGAAAAGAGCUACACAGACUACAUUUACAGUACAUAGGUCUUCCUAUCAGAGUCAAGAAAAUUACAAAUUUUCAGGUGCUGAAUUGUAUGAAAAGCUAAAGCCUUAUUUGGCAACUGAAAAACAAUUACAAGAAAAUGGAUAUCCAAGAUCAUCACCAGAUAAACCAGGAACAGCAGUCAUUAUGAAAGAGAUGAAAAACAAAGCACCGUCAAAUGACAGGAGACCUGCUACACAUCUUGUUCUAUUUUCAACUAACAAGAAGCUCAUCAUGUGUUUAUUUGCAGGCAAUCAGAAAAUCUGCUCACGAUGUGGUAAGACGUAUCUUGUUCGACCUGGUGGACAUUAUAUCACAAAAGAAGAAUGCAUUUAUCAUUGGGGAAGAUUAUGGAAAAACAGAGUUGGUGGUGUUAUUGAGAGCCGAUAUUCGUGUUGUCAAGGUGAUUCUAGCACAAAAGGAUGCUGUGUUGGUAAGCUUCAUGUUUAUGAUGAUAAAGUGGGUAAUUUAGAUGGGUUUAUGAAAACUAUUAUGAAAUCUCCACCUGACGAUGGCAAUGCAGGAAUCUAUGCAUUAGAUUGUGAAAUGUGUUAUACCACAAUGGGAUUAGAACUGACCAGAGUUACUGUAGUUGAUUCUGAUUUUGAUGAAGUAUAUGAUACUUUUGUGAAACCUUUAAAUCCAGUUAUAGACCACAAUACCAGAUUUAGUGGUAUAACUGAAGAGGACUUGGAAUCAGUUGACACUGUAUUACAAGAUGUACAGGCUGUAUUAUUAAAUAAAUUCAGUGCUGAUACAAUAUUAAUUGGACAUAGCUUGGAGAGUGAUUUGCUGGCAUUAAAGAUGAUUCACAGUAGUGUUAUAGACACAUCAUUGGUAUUUCCACACAGAUUAGGCCCGCCUUUCAAAAGAGCUUUGAGGACAUUGAUGGCUGAUUAUCUCAAAAAAAUAAUACAAAAUGAUGUUGGUGGUCAUGACAGCAAGGAGGACGCUGCAUCCUGUAUGCAGCUAAUGAUAUGGAAGAUUAAAGAAGAUGCUAAAACAAAGAAAUAUCUCUGA